GCCCAGGGCUGGGGCGGAGCUCAGAGCCUCAGGUGUCGGUGGGCUGCGCAGUACCUGUGGGAACCAGAGGGGACUCUCGGGUCGCAUAGCUUGACCAGCGGGCUCCUCGGACAUGCCUGUCCCCAGCCGGCAGCUGAUGAAGAAAGACGCGGCUCCCCGGGGCCCUUGAGCCUCUGCAGCCAGAGAAGGAGCCAGCAUGGGGUGCGGGCUGCUUGCUGCUGGCCUGUUCCUCUUCACCUGGCUUCCAGCAGGGUGUCUGGCCUUGCUGGUCACAGUCCAGCACACAGAACGCUACGUUACUCUAUUUGCCUCCGUUACCCUCAAAUGUGACUACACCACCUCUGCCCAGCUCCAGGACGUGGUUGUGACAUGGCGCUUCAAGUCCUUCUGCAAGGACCCCAUCUUUGACUACUUCUCUGCCUCAUACCAGGCCGCUUUGUCCCUGGGCCAGGACCCUUCCAAUGACUGUAGUGACAAUCAGAGGGAAGUUCGCAUCGUGGUCCAGCGGCGCGGGCAGAGUGAGCCGGUGCUGGGGGUGGAUUACCGGCAGCGCAAGAUCACCAUCCAGAACCGAGCAGAUCUUGUGAUUAAUGAAGUGAUGUGGUGGGAUCAUGGAGUGUACUAUUGCACCAUCGAGGCGCCAGGAGACACGUCAGGAGACCCAGACAAGGAGGUGAAGCUCAUUGUCCUACAUUGGCUGACAGUGAUUUUCAUCAUCCUUGGAGCCCUCCUUCUCCUGCUGCUGAUUGGUGUGUGCUGGUGCCAGUGUUGUCCGCAGUAUUGCUGCUGCUACAUCCGCUGCCCCUGCUGUCCUACCCGCUGUUGCUGCCCCGAGGAAGCCCUGGCCCGCCACCGCUACAUGAAGCAGGUUCAGGCCCUAGGUCCUCAGAUGAUGGAAAAACCCCUGUACUGGGGGGCGGACAGGAGCUCCCAAGUUUCAUCUUAUGCAAUGAACCCGCUGCUGCAGCGAGAUCUGUCCUUACGGUCCAGCCUUCCACAGAUGCCAAUGACCCAGAUGGCUGCUCACCCUCCGGUGGCCAAUGGUGUCCUGGAAUAUUUGGAGAAAGAAUUACGGAACCUCAACCCAGCCCAGCCUCUGCCUCCGGAUCUCAGAGCCAAAUCUGGCCACCCUUGCAGCAUGCUGUCCUCCCUGGGUUCUGCAGAGGUUGUGGAACGCAGAGUCAUCCAACUGCCUCCACUGAUCAGAGACCCAUUGUCCUCCAGGACCAGCAACUCUUCACACCAGCAGCGGCUCAACCCUGUUCCUUCCAGACAGAGGCAGCGCUAUCACUCUGAUUUCCUCCGAGAGCUCCAGGACAGGGGGAUGAGACCCUGGGCCCCGGGGAGAGGGGAGCUGGAUCCCCACUGGAGUGGGAGACACCACCGCUCUAGGCCCAGCGAGUCUUCCAUGCCCUGGUCAGACUGGGACAGCCUGAGCGAAUGUCCGUCAUCCAGUGAGGCUCCCUGGUCCCCCAGACGACCAGAGCCCCGGGAAGGCGCCCAGAGACGUGGGAGACGCAGGCAUCGCAGCUACUCCCCUCCCCUCCCCUCUGGCCCUAGUUCUUGGAGCUCUGAAGAGGAGAAAGAGUCGCUGCCCAGGAACUGGGGUGCCCAGCGAAGUCACCAUCGCCGCCGUCGCCGCUCACAGUCUCCAAACUGGCCUGAGGAGAAGCCACCCAGCUACCGGUCACUGGAUGUGACUCCAGGCAAGAACAACAUGAAAAAAGGGAAUGUGGAGAGGCGCUUGGAGAGAGAGAGCUCCCAUAGUGGACGGAGUGUGGUCAUUUAGUCUCCAGGCACCAUACUGCUUCUUGGAUCCCAAUGUCCUCAGCAUUAUCAAGAUUUCCAGCUGCCUUGGGAGGGACACUGUAUAUCUGUGUCUCACAGUUUGGGUAUAGAUUCUAAGAAUCAAAUGGAAGAGUUUUCAAAACAGGUGUUUGUGGGAUUAAUAGCAAGCUUUCCCCCGUUCAUGACCUCUGUCUAUUACAUAACCUCUUACUUGUAAGGGAUCCCAGCUAGGACAGGAUCCCUCGGGAACACAAUAGCCCAAAGUAUUCAAGUAGGUCAUGGAGCUUGGGACCAAGAAAUUCUCAAAAUGACAGUUCAGGAAUCUUUAAGAAGAAAUCAAACAUGUUACAGGAACAGGAAACCUAUGGAAUAUUAUGGGCAAAUUCCCAUUGGAACUCCCUGUCCUCUCUUGAUCUUCCUGAGGAUUUCUCCACAUUGAGCAUCCCCACCUGUGGUCCUGAGCAUUCCUGAGUUUCCAGUCCAAGCAAGCAAGCAAGUGCAAAAAUUCUACAGCUCUGUGACUCAGGCUGUGCAAUGCAACUCUGGAAAGCCACAGGGAAGCAAGCAGCUGUUCACCAACCAUAUUCUUGUUUCUUUUUUCUUUCUUUGUGCCCCUUUCCCGUACAUUUAAUUUAUUUUCUUAUGUAUAAUAAUAUAAUAAUGCUAAAAUCACUUUAAAUACUUUCAAGCACCAUACAGUAUAAACAAGAAAAUUAAUGUAAUGGCCUGAAGAUGCCAUUUCAAAUAAAUAUCUGCUUUUCUACACUGAGUUUCUACUUCUAUUCAUUGAUUCAAGCUUAUCUUCCAGUAAAGCUCAGAGAAGGAUCAGGACAGGCUGGGUAGUUCCAAAACCUACCCUUCUCCAGGACUGCUAACCUUUCAGGGUUUCCAUGUCCCAAGUGUUAGCAUCUAGGUGGGUUUUGCCAUGUACAGAGUUCCAGGAGGAAAGAACUAAACCUUUCCUGUGUGUAAUAUGGGUACCACUGCUUCCCAUGUUCUAUAUAGCUGCUUCACAGAUGUAUUUAUGAUUGAUGGCUUUCUCUGAGUAGACUGGAAGGAGAUGGUUCCAACAAUAUUGAUAUUGUGCAACAACAGCAAUAUCUCUAUCUGUACGGUCACGACGUCAAUUUAGAGUUAAUUGUAUUAACCCAUCUAUUUUUCUCCAUAAUUAAAAGUGAAAAAAGUUGGUUAAAUUCCUGUGUUUGGCAGAGAUUAUUUUCAGAAUUUUUGAAAUCUGAACUUAAAUUAGGAAACAGAAAAAAAUAGCUAAUGUAGAUGUAAAAAUGAGUAGUUUGUGCUAUUCUGAUAUGGAAAAUACCAUACCAUACAGCAUAGGCCCACUGUUCAGCUUAUCUCUUAGCAAAGUGUGUGUGUGUGUGUGUGUGUGUGUGUGUGUGUAUUAGAUUCUUCUUUUAUACAACACAUCUCAAUCAUAAUUUUCCCUUCCUCUACUCCUCCUCCCACACUCCCCUCUUCCCGGAAUCCACUCCCUUUCGAUUUCCCAUCAGAAAAAGGCAGGUCUUCAAGAGACAACAACAACACAGGGCAAAAUAAAAUACAAUAAGCCAAGGCAAAAACAGCCCUCACACUGAAGCUGGAUAAGGCAGCCUAACGGGAAGAAAAGAGUCCCAAGAGCAGGCAAAAGAGUCAGAGACACACCUGCUCCCACAGUUAGGAGUCCCACGAAAACACCAAGCUAAUAAACUCAACAUAUACACAAAGGGCCUGGUAAAGACCCACACAGGCCCCAUGCUCACCACUUCAGUCUCUGUGAGAUCGUAUGAACCCUGAUUAGUUGUUUCAGUGGACCAUGUCCUCCUGGUAUUCUCCAUCCCCCUGACUUCUAAAAUCCUUCAGCCCCCUGUCUGCAGAAUUUCCUGAGCUCUGGGGUGAGGGAAACAGUAGAGACCUCCUAUUUGUACUUUUUCCACAUAAUGUAUGGCUGUGGGUCUCUGGAUUUGCUCCCAUCUGAUGCCAGAGGAAGUCUCUCUGAUGACAACUGAACAAUGCACUGAUCUAUGAGUACAACAGUAUAUCAUUAGGAAUCAUUUCAUUGACUUUUUUUUUUCCUUGACCAGUCAUUUUUGAUUCUACCCUAGGUCUCUGGGCUAACCAGUCUCCAGUUUCUGGCCAUCCCAAUUUCUGGCCUGGGAUCCCUCAAGUUAAAUCAGGCAUUGGUUGGCCAUCUGUACUGGCUGGUUUUGUGUGUCAACUUGACACAGGCUGGAGUUAUCACAGAGAAAGGGGUUUCAGUUGGGGAAGUGCCUCCAUGAGAUCCAACUGUGAAGCAUUUUCUCAAUUAGUGAUCAAGGGGGGAGGGCCCCUUGUGGGUGGUACCGUCCCUGGGCUGGUAAUCUUGGGUUCUCUAAGAAAGCAGGCUGAGCAAGCCAAGGGAAGCCAGCCAGUAAGGAACAUCUUUCCAUGGCCUCUGCAUCAGCUCCUGUUUCCUAACAUGCUUGAGUUCCAGUCCUGACUUCCUUGUGAUGAACAGCAAUGCACAAAUAUAAGCUGAAUAAACCCUUUCCUCCCCAACUUGCUUCUUGGUCAUGAUGUUUGUGCAGGAAUAGAAUCCCUGACUAAGACACCAUCCCUAUAAGUUCUGUUGCUACCAUUGUCCUAGCAUAUCUUUCAGGCAAAACAGAAUGUUGGUCAAUGGUUCUAUGGCUGAGUUGCUACCAGGUUUCUCUUUCCAUAGCCUGCAGAGUACCUUCUCAAACCAAAAAGAUUGGCCAAUAACCAAUCCCACAACUAGAUGCCUUACCUACCUGUAAAAGAUGGCCAGUUGAGACUUUGUAUCCUCAUUACUAGUUCUCUAGGAUCAUCCUCAUAAAUUCCAGGAAGUUUCCACUGCACUAGGGUUCCACACUAUUCAUACCCACCACCAUUCUAGCCAUAAUUCCCUGAAUUCUCUCCCUCCAUUCUUCACCUGAUCCCUCCUGCUCCUGUCCCUAUCAACCCCCAGUAUAUCCAUAAAAUAUAUUCUAUUUCCCUUUCCCAGGGAUAUAUAUGUAACCCCCCCUAGACCCUGUUCUUUAGCAACCACUUUGGGUCUACAGAUUAAAGCUUGGUUAUAAUUUACUUAAUGGCUAAUAGCCACUUACAAGUAAAUAAAUACCAUAUUUAUCUUUCUGGGCUACCUCACUUGGGAUGAUUGGUUUUCUAGUUCUAUCCAUUUGCCUGCAUUUUCCCACCAUUAUCCAGUAGAAUUCAUCCCCAAGAUACAGAGAUGGUUCAAUAUAUGAAAAUCAGUAAAUGUAAUCCAGCCCAUAAGCACAGUGAAAGAAGAAAACCUACAUGUUCAUCCUAUUAGAUAUAGAAAAAGCCUGUGACAAAAUCCAACGACCCCUCAUGAUAAACAUCCUGGAGAAAGUGAGGAUAUAAGGGAUAUACCUAAACAUAAUAAAGACAAUUUACAGCAAGCCUGUAGCCAACAUCAAAUUAAACAAAGAAAAACUCAAUGCAAUUCCACUAUAAUCAGGAACAAGACAAGAUUGUGCACUAUUUACAUAUCUAUUCAAUAUUGUAAUUGAAAUCUUAGCUAGAGCAAUAUAACCACUGAAAAAAAUUAAGGGGAUACAAAUUGGAAAGGAAAAGUCAAAGCAUCUCUAUUUGAAGAGGCUAUUAUAGUAUAUGUAAUUGACCCCACAGAUGAUAAAAACCUUCAGUGAUGUGGCUGGAUACAAAAUUAAGUCCAAACAUUACUAUCCCUCAUAUAUACAAGCAAUAAACAGGCUGAGAAAGAAAUCAGGGAAACAACACCUUUCACAAAAGUCUCAAAUAAUAUAAAAUAUCUUACUGUAACUCUAACCAAGCAAGUGAAAGACCAAUCUGACAAGAAAUUAAAGUCUUUAAAGAGAAAAAUUGAAGAAAAUAUCAGAAUAUGGAAAGACCUCCAAUGCUCAUGGAUGGGUAAGAUUUAUAGCAAAAUAUUCAUCCUACCAAAAACAAUCUACAAAUUCAAUACAAUCCCCAUCAAAAUUACAACACAAUUCUUUAUA